GUUAAUCAGCGCAGGUGCGCACGCUGGGGAAGCCAUACGGUUUUUGACCGUGCCAUGGCGUUUAACGCCGCAGGUCAGAGUAUUCCGUGUGGAAAACGCUGAAGAAGAAAAACUAAUAGAAUUAUCGGACGCAAUUGUGGCCUGUGGCUACAUGGGGCCAAUAAACGUGGACAGAAAAAAGGCCAUCAUCGAUGCUAUCACCAUGCAUUCAUUGGUGAGGCUGAUUCCCAUCUUGCAGCAGCUGCAAGAUGGAUUGCGGCUGUAUGGAAUUGAUGCAGUCUUGGCGCAGCACCCAAAGCUUUGCCAGCAGCUGUUUGUCCCCGGACAUAUAAAAGAAGUGGACUCUGACUUCCUUGUAAGUGCACUGUAUCCAGAUUUCAGCGAGGAAGGGUCUGUCAAAUGGCAGCGAGAGAUGAAAGUCAUCAACUUUCUGCAGGAUUUCCUGCAAAAGCUGGAAGACGGAGCAGAAGCAGAAAACCAAGAAGAGGAUCGUAAAGUAGACAACCAAAAGAGUGGAGCUCUGUGGGAGAGUCAUGUGGCAGCUGUUCCCGGAACAACUGGCAGGGGGAAGCAUCUCUCAGUCCGGAGCUUCUUCCAGUGGGUCACAGGUCAUGCACAUGUUCCACUGAUUGAAUCAGAAAGAGAUGCAUUCCAGAUAACUGUUAAUUUUGAACAUGACUGUGAGUCACAGUAUGGGGCACAUAGACAUUGUUAUCCCAUUGUCAAUGCUUGUGCAGUUGGCAUUACAUUUCCUAUACGCCACUUGGGAACCUACCAUGAUUUUGAGGAGAGCCUAACCACGGCAAUCCGUUUUGGAUACGAGUUCAGCAGGCACUGAGGUAGCAGUGUGAGGGUAUUAGCAGGCACUAUGGUACUGUAGCAUUCCUAAGUUCCACAUCUGUUUUGAAGUUUUUGUUUAAAGGAAUAUUCCUCAAGAACAUUCUGAAUAGGGCUGUGUAAGUAAGAUUAAUAUUUGUUCGGUAUGACCUGUUAAUAUGUUGCUGUACUGUCUUUUUAUAAUAAA